AUGGAAUUUGAAGAACAAUUCAAAGUAACUGAAGAACUGCCCUUUAUGGGGGGCUCUGAUCAUGUCGUGUCAAGGUUCUGGGAGGACCUGACUUCUCACUUCCUGGAGACAUCUAACCUAGAUGGAGAAGCCAACCUCCAACUGGCCACUUCUGAGGGGCAGGAGAGUCCAGUCCUAGAACUCUGGCUUCUGUCAGAUCUUGUUAACAGGCUAACAUUUAAUGAAAUUGCAGGGGGAGAAACGAGCAUUUGCCAUGUAGCCUGCCAUAAAAAGGUUACUGUUUUCCUGCCUUGGUGCCUGGCCUUCCCAGAGCCCCCUGCUGCAGACCUUAAAGGACUGGACUUUAUUAAGGUUGAGUCCAAGACCAAGAAAGAGUCACCACUCUUUACCCAGACGGAAAAGAUACAGUGCCUGCCACCAUUUCAUCUGAAUGAGACAGACCUACAGAAUGAGCAGAUGCUGACUGUGCCACACAAGCCCCACUGUGGAGUAACUGUAACUGCUUUCUCAGGAAGUUCUAAAGGGAAGAUGCACACUCUGACCUACAGGAUUAUCAAUUACCCAAGAAAUAUAAACCAAUCCAUGGUGAAAGAUAUUAAGCAAGGUGCAUUUUCCAUCUGGAGCAAUGCGACCCCCUUGAUUUUCCAACAAGUGAAAAAUCAAGAUGCAGACAUCAAGAUUUCUUUCUGGAACUUAGCCCAUGGAGAUUGUUGGCCCUUUGAUGGACCAGAUGGUGUCUUAGGUCAUGCUUUUUUACCAAAUUCUGGAGCUCCAGGAGUUAUCCACUUUGACAGAGGAGAAUAUUGGUCAACUUCAGACAGAAGAUUUAGUUUGUUCCUUGUUGCUAUUCAUGAGCUUGGCCAUUCUCAGGGCCUGCUCCUCUCCAAGAGUCUGAACUCCAUAAUGUACCCCAGAUAUGUGAAUUGGGACCCUACAACCUUCCAUCUUGAUGGUGAUGCUAUCAAAAUAAUCCAGCAACCCUAUGGUCUGUGCCUGCUGGAAGGGAGGAUAUCUAGACAGGAAAUUCCACUUGGAGUUUACUGUUUUCUUCUGUCCUCAUAA